AUGUCGCUGCCCACGACGCGUCCUGACAAGAAACUUGGUUUGUUCACCUCGUCUCUGUUCCCAAGUGGUCAGCAGAACAACGACGCUGCAGAGACGAGUGGCAGUCCAGUUGCAGUCGCUGCGACGACGAGCAACCGGAGGACAAAGCUCCUCCGCGAUGGGCUCAUUCUCCUCGUCAGCAUCAUCCUCUCCGUCGCGUUUAUCGUCUGGGGUCCAGCUGGUGACUUCAUCGCCGGGCGCGCGUUUACAGUUUCGACGACAAAUGAAGUUGCAUACGUGUACUAUAAUUGGACGAUGACGCUCCCGCUCACGACGCCGUCGCUCAACAUGCAGGCAUACAACAAUCGACUCGUUGGUUCGAUCCGCUUUACGCGCGCCCCUAUCUCGAGCAAUCAUUUCACGAUCAACAUUGAGACAACCGCUCCAGGGCGCAUGUUCAAGCUCACACCAUGGGUCAUGGCAGGGGCGCAGCAAGCAGGAUUCGGGAUUGUCGUUAGCGACUUGUUGCCGAACACUUUCGGUAUCGACUAUGCAAAUGUCGUCGUUGGCAUUCCAGCUGGGAGGAGUUAUGGCAACUUGACCUGGAAUACAUAUCCUCCGGCAGAGGGCUACCAAAGCCUUCCAGGUCGUAGAUGGGACGUUCAUUUCGACAAUCUCACAGAGGCUGGCAUUGGCUUUGAUCAUGUCAUGGUCAAGACGGACAAGGGGUCGAUCACGAGCUCGGGUGUACGUGGAAACGAUAUUACAGUCGUGACUGUCCACGGGGAUAUCAACGGAAACUUUACUGCUCCCGAGAAUCAUCUCCACAACAGCACCACAGGGGUAAUACCUUGA